CGCAAACGGGAAAGCCGAAUGGGGGCAGAAUGGUGCGGAAGGGGCGGUCGAACCGGACUGGGCUCAGAGCUUGGUUGCCGGCGCCAUCUGCUCCAAUCACAGCAGAUUGGCCCUCAAGGGCAUCCUCUGCGCUUGUAGGCUCGUGAGAUUAGGUUUUGGUGGUAGUGGCGUCUUGUUGAGAGCUAGCUUGGAGUGUGCUUGAGCUGGCCGAGGGUUCACGGGGUUUUACAAUGCUAAAAGAUCUCUGAGCUAAAACCUAUGCUCCGGGGCAAAAUGGUGCCAGGGCACGCAGGCGGCGGCACCAUGCACAGAAAGAAGGAAGUAGACGUCCCGACCAUUGAUGGCUCUGCGCCUCCGGUCAUGCAAAGGGGUCUUCGCAGCCCUGGUCUUAGAACGCCACCAAAGGACGGGAGCUUCUCCAGCCUCUUCAAUGUCUUCAUAACCCUCCUGCUGGCCCUCAUGAUCAUGGCUCUGACGGGAUUUCCUGCAUCUCUCUUCAGUAAACCUUUUUUGUGUCGACACUUUCCGCUUCUUCUAAAGAACAAUCGGGACUGCAUAAUCCUGAGGACGUCGGAACUAGGGUGGGAUCAUUUGCAGAGGUUCAGCGCAGGGGAGAUCCCAGAGGACAAGAAGGCUGUGACAAAAAAGCCUAGGGAGGAGGUUGCUAGGGACAAUCUCCAGGCUCGAGUCAAGCAUUUCUUGGAGCAAGCCGCAUUGCUCGGGGAACAGCAGAUUCCUAGGGGGACCGUGAAGACUGUCACGUUACGAGAUGCGAUCGCAAAGCAGUUGGAGCCAUGGCUGGGGGAGGGGAAUGUGGUGUACACUCGGAAGGAUCUGGAAGAUUUGCACGGAAGGUUUCCGUACAGCGUGCGGGUGGUCGUCCAAGGGAAGAGCGUGCAGGUGCAUCAUCAUAAGCAGCAGGAGGACAAUCCUGAGUGGGCAACUUGGUACCGAGGGGAACAGCUUCGCGUCAUGCUCGAGUGGCUCGCGGACCGGAAUCUGCUACCAAGCUACGUGGACUUUGUCGCUAACCUGGGCGACAAACCGCGGGUGGUUAAGGAGGACGCAACCAAGGGCUGGCCGCCGAUGUUCUCCUACUGCUCGAGUGACGAGACACGAGACGUCAUUUUUGUGGGAUACCAGUAUACUCGGUGUUUCUCCCGACCGUGGCAUUCGGACGAUGCUUGUCCGAACCCCCCCUGGAACUGGACCGCCGUCGAGGCCGAUCAUCCGUGGGAGAGCAAACAGGACCAGGCACUUUGGCAAGGGGCCGUCGCAGGGGGGUUCUACGAGGCGUCGAAUUGGCGGGAUAAGCCGCGGUCGCAGCUGGUGAAGCUUUCGCUCGAGUACCCCGACAUCCUGAACGCGACGUUCCUCCAGUGCGAUCCCAGUCAAUGCACGCCAGAGGCGAAUUGGUUCAUAAUGAACGAACUGGGCUACGCCGAGCACACAGUCACGCUUCAAGAUCAGCUCAAGUACAAAUACCUGGUCGACAUCGACGGGGAAUCUUGGAGUCCGGCCUUCUUCGAGUUGCUCUCGACCGGGUCCGUCGUAUUUAAGCAGCAAACUACGUAUCGCGAGUUUAGCGACAUAUUCUUCAAGCCGGAUGUGCACUACAUCCAGUAUGCGCCAGACCUUAAAGACCUGCCAAUCAAGAUCAUGACGGCGCUCGAAAUGGACGAGCAUAUGAAGAAGAUGGGCAAGCUCGCGACCGAAACGGCGCGGGCGGUCGUCGAGACGGCCGCGCCCCUAGAGUACGUUGCUAUCAUGUUGAAGUCGUAUGCCAAGCUAUUGCAGAAACCAGAGGCCGAGAUCUGAUUCUUAGUGUACGUUACUGGGCUGCGUAGUAUGGUAUGCCAAUGUGCUGUGGUCACAGGUCCAGGUCUUAAAUUGGGCAGAGGUUGUUAAUUAUGUUAAUUACCCGUUUCAGUUGAAGUACUCCGACUCUUAAUCGGCGGCCCAUCAUUGGGAUCUUAAGCUGGACUAAAUUGAGCCUGCGUAUGCAUUAGCAUAGGACAGCAAAAGACGAUUGACAUAGAAUAGGUUGAAGUGCUUCACGUAACCCCGUCCUUAAGAGCCAACCUGCCGGAAUUUUGUUUUCAAAAGAGCCGGUCAGAUCUUGUUACAUCCAUGGCGUCGACUUUCCAAAAAGGAAACUCAGGAUCGACCAUUGGGCUCUAUAGUACUGCACUCGCUUCGAUCAACGCCUCAAUCACAG